GCAGACAAAAUAAUAAAGACGAUAAUAACAAAAUAAAAAGUAAUGAAUAAUUACUGAACUUUUAACGUAUAGAUCUUUCGAGAUUGGACUAAGGAAAGAAAGAACGGUGCAGAUUUAUUGUAAACCACAGUAACUACAGUGGUCUGCCCCACAGGUGAUUAACUAAAAGUCAAAGCAGAGAAAGUCCGAGCUCCGCUUUAUAUAUUCACACCAAAUCAAUCAUCUUUCUCCUCCCCCUCCUCCUCCCUCUCCGAGCUGAAUCUUGAAUCGUAAAGCUUUCUUCUUUUAAAAUAUUAAUAUUAGCAAUGGCGUCGCAUUACAAAAGCUUCUUCGGCAGUGAAGAGCCACACUUUCUGGAAUCUUGCUCUCUUUGCCGCAAACACAUUGGUCUUAACUCCGACAUCUUCAUGUACAGAGGAGACAAGGCGUUUUGUAGCAAAGAGUGUAGAGAAGAACAGAUCGAGUCCGAUGAAGCAAAGGAGAGAAGCUGGAGACUUUCCUCAAGAUCUCUCCGUAAAAAAUCUUCCGAAGCAGCUAAAGAUUCCGCCGCCGGUAAAACCGUACGGACAGGAACUCUCGUGGUGGCGUAGUUGUCGUGUUUUUAUUACAUAAGAAGAUCAAAAAGCAGAUAGUUUUUCUUUUCUAUAUUAGCAAUGUUUUGCUCUGUUUCUAUCUUAUCUUUGUUCCGAUGCCGGAAUCUGAGAAAGUGUAGAUCUGGUUUUUAUGUAAAUGAAUGUGGAGUUUGGGGAGAUAGAGAGAGAGAUGGGCUGUGUUGAUAGUUUUUUUUUUGUUCUCUGUUGGGUUUAAAUUUUGUUCGAUGUUCCAAGUUCCGACAAGAAACAGAUCGGUUGUAAAUUCAAUUUCUUUGUCUUAUAAUUUCACUCGGUUAAUAUU